AUGACGGUUCAGAGAGGAAAGAAGCUCAACAUCUCCAUCCAGGAACACAUGGCCAUCGACGUUUGCCCUGGGCCCAUCAGACCCAUCCGACAGAUCUCCGCCUACUUUCCCCGGAGGUCCCCCACCUCGCCGGGCCCCGCCUCCCCGCGGGCCCUCAGCCCCGGCUCCGUGGCCUCCGGGAUGGGCGGCGCUCACCUCCUAUCUCCUCUGCUGGCCCACGGCCGGCCCGGCGGCGGCGGCUCUUUGGCGCUGACCAGCAGCGUGGACACGUCGGUGGAGAUCGACAGCUCCGACAGUGACGACUGCACUGCUCUGGGAACGCUGGAGUUUGAGCUGCGGUACGAGAGGAGCUCCAGCCAGCUGCACUGCACUGUGCUCCGGGCGAAGGGUCUGAAGUCCAUGGACUUCAAUGGUUUGUCCGACCCGUACGUUAAACUGCACCUGCUGCCCGGAGCCUGCAAGGCCAACAAGCUGAAGACAAAGACGAUCCGUAACUGUUUGAAUCCAGUUUGGAAUGAAACGCUCGUUUACAUCGGAAUCACAGAAGAAGACAUGCAGAGGAAGACACUCAGGUUGACAGUGUGCGAUGAGGACAAGUUGACUCACAACGAUCUGAUUGGAGAGUCCCGUGUUCCUCUGAAGCGAGUGAAGCCCGACCAGACGAAGCGUUUCCUCACCUGCCUGGAGCACCCGCCCCCGCUCCCGUCUCCCACGGCGAUGGGCGAAGCCCUCCGAGGAAUAUCCUGCUACUUAAGAGAGUGGGAGAACGAGCAGCUGCACAGCCUGGAGGAGAGAGGACGGCUUCUUCUCUCCCUGCAGUUUCUGCCUCCACUCGGUUUGGAGGAAACAGAUGAAGAUGGAGGAGGAGGACGAGGAGGAGGAGGAGGAAGAGGAGGAAGAGGAGGACGUCACAGCGGAGGUCUCUGUGUGGGCGUGAAGCGCUGCGCUCACCUGGCGGCCAUGGACGUCAACGGGUUCUCCGACCCCUACGUCAAAAUAUACCUGAAGCCAGACAUUCAGAAGAAAUCCAAACACAAAACCUCGGUGAUGAAAAAGACUCUGAACCCAGAAUUCAACGAGGAGUUCUUCUACGAGAUCCCUCUGUCCGAGCUCGCCAACAAGACUCUGGAGGUGACGGUCUGGGACUACGACCUGGGGCGCUCCAACGACUUCAUAGGCGGGGUCUGCCUGAGCCGCUACUCGCAGGGCGACGGCCUCCGCCACUGGACGCAGUGCCUGAAGAACCCGGGAAGCCGGGCGGAGCGGUGGCACAUCCUGACCAACGAGCUGCCCCGGACCCUCAGCCACGACUAA